GGAUGGCAUUUACUACGAAGUGAAUCUGCGGAAUUUGGUGCUUCAAAUAAGUGCUCACCUCUACAUGACAGGAUACAUGGAGACAACACAAGCCUGCGCCUGUGACAAACUUGCACAAGGAGGUUGCAGGAGAAUAUGGCAUUCUGGAGGAGGAGGAAUACUAAAGUUGAAAGGGAACGCCAUGUAAAAGCCAAUGACCCAGACUACAAUGAGAAGUUUUUUUAUGCUGACAAUCGCAUCAAAACCUCCAAGUACAACAUCUUCACCUUCCUGCCCAUGAACUUGUUUGAGCAGUUCCAGAGGGUGGCGAAUGCUUACUUCUUAGUACUGCUAAUACUGCAGUUAAUUCCAGAAAUAUCCUCUUUGUCCCCCUUCACAACCAUCGUGCCUUUGGUGUUGGUGCUGGUAAUCACGGCCAUCAAGGAUGCCACAGAUGAUUAUUUUCGAUAUAAGAGCGACCAGCAAGUUAACAACCGCCAGUCUCAGGUUCUCAUUAGGGGAUGCUUGCAGAAUGAGAAGUGGAUGAACAUUCAUGUGGGAGACAUCAUCAGACUGGAGAACAAUCAAUUUGUUGCUGCAGACAUCCUCCUUCUCAGCAGUAGCGAACCCUACGGACUGUGCUAUAUUGAGACUGCAGAGCUAGAUGGAGAGACAAAUCUGAAAGUUCGUCAGGCCUUGAGCAUCACCUCAGAUUUGGGAGAUGUUUCAAAACUGAUGGACUUUGAUGGAAAAGUCAUUUGUGAGCCACCAAACAACAAACUGGAUCGAUUUACUGGAACUUUAUACUGGAGAGGCAACAGAUAUCCUCUGGAUAAUGAAAAAAUGCUGCUGCGAGGUUGUGUUCUCAGAAACACUGAGUGGUGCUUUGGAUUGGUCAUCUUCGCUGGGUUGCAAACCAAACUGAUGCAAAACUGUGGAAGAACAAAAUUUAAAAGGACAAAUAUAGACAAACUCAUGAAUACUUUGGUUUUGUGGAUCUUUGCCUUCCUCAUAUGUAUGGGAGCUAUUCUGGGCAUCGGAAACACUAUUUGGGAGAGUCUGAUUGACACAAACUUCCAGGUGUAUUUGCCUUGGAAUACCAUUCAGAACAAUGUUGUUUUCUCUGGCUUUCUCACCUUCUGGUCCUACGUCAUCAUCCUUAAUACAGUUGUGCCCAUCUCACUGUAUGUCAGUGUGGAGAUCCUGCGGCUUGGUCACAGUUACUUCAUUAACUGGGACCUGAAGAUGUACCACAGCCGGACGGACACUGCAGCUGUCGCACGCACCACUACCCUGAAUGAGGAGCUGGGCCAAGUGGAGUUCAUCUUCUCUGACAAGACCGGCACUCUCACCCAGAACAUUAUGGUGUUCAGCAAAUGCUCCAUUAACGGACACAUAUAUGGUGAUGUUUAUGAUGAAUUUAGCCAGAAGAUGGAAAUUACAGAUAAAACAGCCUGUGUGGACUUUUCCUUCAACCCUCUCAGUGACACGAGGUUUAAGUUUUAUGACAGCAGCCUAGUUGAAGCUGUUAAAUUGGAGGACCCUGCAGUGCAGGAGUUUUUCAGACUGCUGGCUUUGUGCCACACUGUCAUGCCAGAGGAGAAGAGUGAAGGACAUUUGGUGUAUCAGGCCCAGUCACCUGAUGAGGGAGCCCUGGUCACUGCAGCACGAAACUUUGGGUUUGUCUUCCGGGCCCGAACCCCCGAGACAAUCACACUGUGUGAGAUGGGAGAAGCCGUCACCUACCAGCUGCUGGCCAUACUGGACUUCAACAACGUGCGCAAGAGAAUGAGUGUCAUUGUAAGAAAUCCAGAGGGUCAAGUUAAACUUUACUGCAAAGGAGCUGACACGAUUAUCUUUGAGCGUCUGGAUCCAUCAAAUGAAGACCUCAUGUCCACUACCUCUGAACAUCUCAGUGAAUUUGCAGGAGAAGGGCUUCGAACAUUAGCUCUGGCCUACAAAGAUCUUGAUGAAGAUUAUUUUAAAGUCUGGAACAAGAAGCUUCUGUUUGCCAGCACUGUAAUUGAGAAUCGUGAAGAUCAGCUGGAUGUUGUCUAUGAGGAGAUUGAGCAGGGCUUGAAGCUUCUAGGAGCCACAGCAGUAGAGGACAAACUUCAGGAAGGAGUCCCACAGACCAUUGCCUGUCUAGGUCUAGCUGACAUCAAGAUUUGGGUUCUCACAGGAGACAAACUAGAGACAGCGAUGAACAUCGGCUACUCCUGCAACAUGCUGCGAGAUGACAUGAAUGAGGUGUUUGUUAUUUCUGGGCACACACUCGUGGAAGUGCAACAAGAACUCAGGACAGCUAAGGAGCACAUCCUCGGCCUGAGUCGAGUUAGUGCUGCAGGAGAUGUCGAGAAGACAGAUGCAUUUUCAGAUGACUCUGUGUUCGAAGAAACCAUUAUUGCAGAAUAUGCCUUAGUCAUCAAUGGACACAGUUUGGCUCAUGCUCUGGAGCCACAGCUUGAGCACAUCUUGCUGGACUUGGCUUGUUUGUGUAAGUCAGUCAUCUGCUGCCGGGUCACUCCGAUGCAGAAAGCACAGGUGGUCGAGCUGGUAAAGAGGCACAAGAGGGCCAUCACCCUGGCCAUAGGAGACGGAGCCAAUGAUGUCAGCAUGAUCAAGACUGCACACAUUGGUGUUGGCAUCAGUGGCCAGGAGGGGAUGCAGGCCGUUCUGGCAUCGGAUUAUUCCUUUGCUCAGUUUCGAUACCUGCAGCGGCUCUUGCUGGUGCACGGGCGCUGGUCCUACUUCCGCAUGUGUAAUUUCCUCUGUUACUUCUUCUACAAGAACUUUGCCUUCACACUGGUACACUUCUGGUAUGGCUUCUUCUGUGGUUUCUCAGCUCAGACUGUAUAUGACCAGUGGUUUAUUACCCUCUACAAUAUAGUCUAUACAUCUUUGCCAGUCUUGGCAAUGGGGCUGUUUGAUCAGGAUGUCAGUGACCAGUACAGCCUUCGUUACCCGAGCCUUUACAAACCCGGCCAGCAAAACCUACUCUUCAACAAACGCCAGUUUUUCUUGUGCACGCUACAGGGGUUGGGCACAUCAUUCCUGGUCUUCUUUAUUCCCUACGGAGCCUUCUCUGACAUAGUCAAAGAGGACGCCACACAAUUUUCAGAACAACAAGUGUUUGCUGUUACUAUAGCAACAUCUUUGAUUAUUGUUGUAAAUGUUCAGAUCGGACUUGACACACACUACUGGGCAGCUGUCAAUCACCUCUUCAUAUGGGGGAGUGUGACACUGUAUUUUGCCAUAUUAUUCACGGUGCAAAGCAAUGGCAUAUUUUUCAUUAUCCCUAAGAAUUUCCCAUUUGUAGGCACAGCCCGUAACUGUCUGUCAGAGAAGAGUGUGUGGCUGAUCAUUCUGCUGACUACUGUGGUGUGUGUUGUGCCCAGCUUAGUAGUCAGCUUCCUGAGAGUAGACCUCUUCCCAACUCUGACAGACAAGGUCCGUCAUCUACAACAGUCUAGAAAGAAGCAAGGACCUCAGGAGCGGAGCCUGAGGCGAGUACGCAGGACGAGCUCUCGUCGAUCUGCCUAUGCCUUCUCCCACCAACAGGGCUAUGGGGAGCUGAUUACCUCAGGCAAAAACAUGCGGAUGAGCGUGGUCUCUUCUGCUUGCUCCCCUGAAAGAGAGCCACACAGCUCCAGCUGGAUAGAAAAUGUGAUUAAGAGUAAGAACGAAGUGUCCUGCAUCUCUGAUGAAAGCACAGAGCUCAAACAGAGCAACAGACUCCAAAGCACACAGAGUGAACCUGACCUCUGACUAACAGACCAAGCACUAGGUAUGACUGCCGUUCAUUUGUGUGAAAUUACACUCAAAUCCAACAACACAGCCAUACCUCAAUUUUUUAUUAAUGUAAUAAAGGCCAAAUAAAAUAUGAUUACUUUGAGGGUGUCUAAGAAAGUCAGAUGAUUGAAUGCAGAUCAUGUAAAGCUUUUUCAUCUCUAUCCCGCAGAACAUCGUGAAUUUGCAAAGGUUUGGUUUAACAAUGGCAGGUAUAUAAGGACAAUAUUAUGCAUGUGAAACAUUUACCAUCCUGUGGCAACUAAUCCAGUUUGAUCUUUAAACAAUUGGUGGAUUCAUUCAAUAUUAUUUUAAACGCAUGUCCUGAUUAAUAAAGAAAAGCUGGGACAUUUUAGCACCACUAGUGUUAUGUGCCGUUUGCACCUGUCAGUGAGCGAACGAGAAAGAGGCGGACCCAGGUAGCCGACUU